AUGAGGCCGAAAAGUUACUCGGUAAGGGACCAGACUCGAGGUAAAAAGACAGAUACCAUACAUCAAUUGUGGCGCACAAAAGGUGAAUGUCCUGAGAACACUAUUCCCAUCAGAAGAACAACAAGAGAUGAUCUUUUAAGAUCAGAUUCCAUCAAAAACUAUGGAAGAAAGAGCCUACCAACUAUUUUUGACCUCGACGAUGAUCAAACGGAGGAACUUCAUGAGCAUGCUUCUGUGUACGUCGACUAUGGUGAAUUCAAAGGCAGCAAGAGCCGUAUAAGUGUAUGGAAACCAAAUGUUUUAAGAACGAGAGAGUUUAGUUUGGCUCAAACAUGGGUCGUCAAUGGACAUUGGGACACCGGUUUGAACACUUUGGAGUCUGGUUGGCAGAUUCUACAUGUCUUGUAUGGUGACAAGAAUCCAAGACUUUUUGCCUAUUGGACGCGUGAUACAUACCAAGAAACCGGCUGCUAUAAUCUGUACUGCCCUGGCUUUGUUCAAGUGAACAGAGAUAUUUCCCUUGGUGCAUCUCUAAACACUAUCUCGACCUACAAUGGUGACCAAUAUGAUUUUCAACUAACAAUCGAGAAGGAACAAAUUACUGGACUUUGGUGGCUCAAGUUUGAGACAUAUCUAGUCGGGUAUUGGCCAAGCUUAAUAGUCCCGAAGCUAGCAAACUCAGCACGAAAGAUCGCAUGGGGAGGUGAAAUUGUGUAUUAUGCUAGAGGCCGUGGGACACACACGCUUACGCAGAUGGGGAGUGGCCAUUUCGCAGAGAAAGGGUUUAAGAAAGCGGCUUAUUUCAAUAGCUUAGAGUACAUUGGUGCAUAUAACUAUCCCAUCACACCCUCUCCAGAAAUUCUUCAAGCUGCCGUGACUCGGCCUGAAUGUUAUAACCUCAAGGUUGGCUCUAGCCAGAGGUGGGGAACUUACUUUUUCUAUGGAGGACCAGGACGUAACCCUCAAUGCCCAUAA